AUGAUCGUCAAGUGCUGGCUUCAGUCGCCACCAUCUAGGUGGAAGGAAUUUGUAGCAAACCGUGUGUCAGAAAUCCAGCACAUUACAAAGAAUGGAACUUGGAACCAUAUCGCCGGCAUCGAUAAUCCAGCAGACAUAAUUUCACGGGGUAUGACUCCAGCGCAAUUGCAGUAUCAAUCUCACUGGUUCAGAGGACCCAACUGGACCUUUCAUGAGAGGGUUCACUGGCCGAUAAUCCAGCAGAUCCACGAAGAAGAAAUCGAGUCGUCAGUGUUGGAAGAAAAGGAAACGGUGACAGUGGUUCUUCAAGCAGCACUGCCCAGCGAAGUUUUCAGUCUGCGAUCAUCAAUGGUGGACCUGACCAGAUUAGUUGCUUUGAUCCGUCGAUUCCGCUUUAAUGCUCAAGUUGCUAAUCGAAAUUGUCGCAAACUAGGAACCAUUUCGUCCGAAGAGCUCGACGAUGCUGUUCGGUCAUUAGUUCGGUUGUCACAGGAAGAAUGUUAUCCGCAAGAGCUGAUAGAUGUCGCACGGGCACACCACGUUCGUUCUUCGUCUAGAAUCGCAUCAUUGAACCCUCGACUACGCGAAGGGAUACUUUGUGUCGGCGGCCAGUUACGACACGCUUCUGUUUCAGUUGACCGCAAACAUCCAUUCAUACUAUACUACCACCAGAAAUUGUUUCACGCCGGACAGCAGCUGACGAUUUCAACCAUGCGAGAGCGAUUCUGGCCUACGAGCGUCCGAAAUCUGGUCCGGAAAGUCAUUCACAGUUGCGUGGCGUGUUUUCGAACGAAACCUAAGGUUCAUGAACAGCUGAUGGCUGAUUUACCACCAGAACGUGUCACCCCCUGUGCUCCAUUCCAGAGAGUCGGAGUGGAUUAUUGCGGACCGUUUUACGUAGUAUAUCCUCACCGCAAACGCCAGCCGGUGAAGUGUUUUGUAGCGAUUUACGUUUGUCUGGUUACAAAGGCUGUGCAUCUGGAAUUAGUAGCAGAUCUUACAACGCAGGCAUUCUUGGCAUCUCUCAAGCGGUUUGCAGCCCGGCGCGGAAAGCCGGACCUAAUUAUGUGCAACAACGCCAAAAACUUUGUCGGCGCUAAACGAGAAUUAGACGAACUCCGUUCUCUGUUCCUAAAUCAGAAGUUUCGAGACAUCGUAGAGAAGGAGACAGCCAGGGAGGAUAUACAAUUUCGGUUCAUUCCAGCACGAUCGCCGAACUUUGGAGGAUUGUGGGAGUCUGCAGUCAAGUCCUUCAAAACGCUCUUUAAGCGCACAAUCGGUUCCCACAGUCUGAUCUACGACGAGAUGCAGACCGUACUGGUGCAGAUAGAAGCUAUUCUAAAUUCCCGCCCGCUGACCCCACUCAGUAAUGAUCCAGACGAUUUUGAGGCUCUGACCCCAGGUCAUUUCCUCAUUCAGAGGCCAUUAGUAGCGAUUCCGGAACCCAACCUAACUGAAAUCCCGGAAAAUCGGCUAUCAGCAUGGCAAAAGAUUCAGCAUUACACUCAGGAACUUUGGAAAAAGUGGACACGCCAGUACCUGUCAGAGCUACAGAGCAGAACGAAAUGGACCCAGCAGAAGGACAAUGUAGCAGUCGGAACGAUGGUGGUUCUUAAAGAAGAGAACUUACCGCCUCUAAAAUGGUUAUUGGGACGAGUGACUGAGGUACACCACGGACCAGAUGGCAACAUUCGAGUAGUCGAUGUGCGUACAACAAAUGGCAAUUAUACCAGGGGGAUCUCCAAGAUCUGUAUAUUGCCAAUUCGAGACAAUUCCAAUUUAUCAUCAGAGGAGAUCUAG